GGUGAAUGCUGAGGAUUAUAGUGGCACAAUCAUGCCAGUAAAGCUCAGUAUUACCCCAAACUUCAGGUACAUACUGGACUGGUGCCUUUUGCUGAAAGUAACUAAGGGGGUUAGCUGAAAGCAUAACUGAGUCUGCCCAGUGAGAAUUCUGAAGCCAAAGUUGGGAGGAGCAAGGCCUGGCAAUUUCUAGUGUUCUGCCACUGCAGCCGCUAAGUGAAAACAGAAAUGUGCCCAAUGAGACCAUUUUUACAGGUAAGCAUACCAGUCUAGACACUCAUUCCUCCAUGGAAGAGCUAACUUCUGAACAGAAAGAAAUGGUCAGUGUCUUUGGAUAUAGGUUGUCUGUUUUACUAAUAGGACAUGCUAGUGGGAUGAAUGGCUGGAUCACUUUGCUGCUUCAUUGGUUACACACUCUAUAUGCUAUUCUAUAUAAAUCUUCAUUUAUGGAUGGUUUAAAAUAUUCCAAUAAGUAGUAUCACCUUUGCUUGACUUCCUUUUACUGACAAAGUGGUUUUGGAUUCUUUACAGCCAGAACCCAAAGGCAGGCAAGCUCAAAUGCCUCCUCCUUAAACAUGUGUACAUACCAAUUGCAGGGAAAUCACUUCCAAGAAAGUGACUGCCAUCCAAACUAAUGCUGCAUUUCUGCUAAGUCAGAAGUUCGAGGUCCAGACUAGUGUUGCACUGGUGCAAAAGGGUGCCUUUUUGGAAUGCCGCAAACUGUUGGGAGGUGACUCUGGGGAGGAACGUAAUUCACAUUAGACAUACUGGGGGAACCCCCCCCCCAGAUUUGCAGCAACACCCUCUUAUUGUUGAUGGCCUUAUUUUGACACCAAGCGUGAGGCAAUCCAUGACUCUGAGAUAAUAGGAAGCAAUGACAACAUGACCCUAUUGCUGCUGCUGUUCCUGAAAACACCCAUUAAUUCACACUGUCUAAUGCUGUUCAGGCACAGAUACAGAAAACGAUGGGUGACAAUAACUUUAUUUGUAUUAGAAAAUAAGUCAGGGAAAUGAAUGAGGCAACAACUUGCACUUGAUAUUUUUUAUUCUGUGAUCAUUUAAAAUUAGGCUAACAUUUUUUAGAUCCAUAGUUCAAGAAGGGAAAGAUAGGUAUAUUUUUGAACUGCCAAGAGCCAUCUGGGUGAGGCAGUAUAAAAACCUAAACAAACAAAUAAAUAAAUAAAUAAAUAAGAGGGUAAACUCCUAAUGUAUACAUAGAAAUUCACCAUUCCCUCCCCAUGUUCAGUUUGAAAUGUUACAAUCUAAAUAGCAAUAGCACUUACAUUUAUAUACCGCUCUAUAGCUGGAAGCUCUCUAAGCGGUUUACAAUGAUUUAGCAUAUUGCCCCCAACAUUCUGGGUACUCAUUUUACCGACCUCGGAAGGAUGAGUCAACCUUGAGCCCCUGGUCAGGAUUGAACUUGUAACCUUCUGGUUACAGGGCGGCAGUUUUACCACUGCGCCACCAGGGGCUCUUAAGUCAGGCAGUCAGGCCUUCAUGUACUUUCAUUUGGUUGUGAUUACAAAUCACACACACACCCCUAAUUUGCAACAACAAAAAUGUCUCAAGGCAUCUUAGAUAGCAAAAGGAAAAUGAAAACAAUUCCUAUCCCAGAAGGCUGCCUCCUCUAAAAAGAAGCCCAAGGGAGACAUUAACAAGAUCCUCUGGGAAGGCUGCGAUGCUAAAUUGAAUAGGCACACUUGCUCUCCACUCAUGAAAAAUAGGACCGUCUCCCCUUUAAAAAAUGUGCCCCUUUUACAGUUAGCAGUUAGCAGGGCAGUUGGCAACAUUCUUACCUAUUACCAGCUCAGAACUCUACAGAGGGGUUGCCGUGGCGCCCAGCUCAAACGCUCACAGGUCUUCCUUCAGGCGAGGAAGGCAGCUUGAAGACCUGGAUCUUUGCACGCUACGGUCUUGAGCCAUACAUACUGGUACAUGCUACAGUACUUGGCAGAUACAUGUAAGUAUUUGCUAUGAAGCGCUCCCGCCUUCUCAAAGAGUAAGAAGUCCAGUGGUAGUGCUGCUGCUUUUCCAUUGGCUAAGGAAGCACUUGAGAAUUACGUUCAUGUAAUAAUGGGUUGUAUUUCCAAGACUACAGGUAGAGCAUAGCUGAAGCCAUGGAUUUCUGCUGCAGACAGCAAAACUGCUGAUCCUGCCUCAGAUUCCCAAAGAGAACAAUUGCUUGGACUCACAGCUUUCCAGGCUGCUUCUGGUCCAGCUAAACCUACACUCCUCUACCUCUGAUUCAUUCUCCCUGUCUUUGCAUAUGUGAACUCCUCCCUCUCUUUUGACUGAUUGACUGCCCUCCUCCCCCACACCCUUUAAAAUAUAACAACUGAAGGCUGCUGAGAAAAGGCCAUUCCAGGAACGUAACUAUAAUAGGGCAAGGGGAGAGAGUUGUCUGGGGCCCAUUGCCUUGCCCCCCCCCGACCGAGGCUAGUCACAUGACUGACCCCCCCAGCCACGCACCCGCCUUGACAUCCUCCAGUUGUAUUCAUACUCCGAAAUUGAUGUGAGGGUUAAGUUACCAGAAGCUACCAGAACAGCAUGUAUUUCUCUAGUACCAUUUAAUGACUUGCAUCGUCCACAAUUUACAAAACCUUGGAAAAAAUAAUUUAGGAUGAUAUUCUAUUGUGGCACAUAGGGGUGUGUGUGUGUGUGUAUGUGUAUAUAUACACACACACAUACACACACACUUUUUCUUAGCACUAUUCAGCCUCAUUUAAGAUUUAUUUACUUCAUGAGCUGAACUUCAGUGAGGGGAGUGGGCCAUUUUAAAAUCCACUCCAACCUUGCUAUGCCCCUAGGCCAUUCAUUGAGGUCAUUCACACAAUCAAAAACUGGGUUCUUCCCAGUUUGGGGAACUGUGUGCACUCCCAAUUUUCAGUUGUGAGGAGCAAGGUAAAGAGGAAAUCCUGGGUAGAAGUGAUUGUGUGGAAGCAAGGUUGUGGGAAACCCUACCCAGGUUUUCCUCCUACAUUGUUUCCACAGAAUCACUUCUACCCGGGUUUCCACCUACCUUGCUUAAUCACAAAAUUGGGAGCACAUGGUACACACCUGCCAAACCCUGCUACAACACAGGUUUUGGUUGUGUGAAUGACCUCAGUGACUUUGGUUAGAUGUCUGUGAGAGAAAACUGCAGCAAAACCAUUCACAGUAAUCAAUAUAGCCAAAACUGUGUGGGUGGGUGCAGAUGCUGCUCAAAGUAUAGAAUCCGCUCCUUUUCUGGGCACGUAACCUUUCAGCCUAGUAUUUGAAUCUUGACCUGUUGACCGCUUUCCCAGGAGCCCUUUCUACUUCCUUGUAAAAGGACUGUUGGGAGCUUGGUGGUGGGGCAGUUUAAGUAGCUUCAAGAAGUCUGCAUUCAAAGGUGGGGAAACAGUUCCUGACACUUAUAAUGGAAGAGGCAGCAGACUUCCAUUCUUACGUUUGCAGGUGGGAUAUGUGAUGUUCUAGAACAAAGUUCAAAGCUGAACAGGGUUCUUAUUGGUGCAAUUCCUUGUCCAAACUUUAAAAGAUGUACUUACAUGUGUAUAAUGGCAUAUACAUAUGUGUGUGUGUUUUUUCCAGUAAAUCUGCAGUUUCCAAGAUGGGCGACGUCGUAAUCAAUACCGUAGUAUCAACUGGUGCAGUAUUAAAAAUUAAGAAAUGCCUGGCUGAGGUCAGCUUCUUUCAACUUUGUGCCUUUUUCCUGAGCCUUAGUGGAUGGCUUAUGUGUAUGACAUCCGCAAUCCUUGUCCAGUGGAGAGUGUGGCACGUUAGUAACCACUAUGGUGGAACCAGCAUUGCUUGGAUUGGGAUUUGGGAGACCUGCCGUGUUGAUGAAGAUCCGUCUAUUGUUGAUGAGCAAAAUCUCAUGAACUGUACAGAACUCAGCAACCUACACACCUUCCUCCCCAGUGAGAUUAUAGCUGCCCAGAAUCUCAUGGUACUCGCUACCAUUGCGGGGGCAGUGCAAACAGGCUUUCUCUCUGUGGCCUUCUUAAAUAUAUAUAAGAAGCAAAAACAGAGAAAACAUGUUUCCAACCUUUUUUUGAUUGCAGGCCUUCUAAAUUUAUCAUCAGGAAUAGGUGUCUUCAUUCCAAUUGUUUGGAAUAUGGUUUCUGUCUUGUCAGAAGCACCAAUUUUCUUCCCUGAAGAUUUCCAUUUACCACAUAAACCAGAAUACCAAUAUGUUGGAGCUGCGCUUCCGAUUGGGCUGAUUUCUGCUAUUUCCCAGAUCUUGAGCGGAUGUUUUAUUCUGUGCAAUAACCAUUUGGCAGUCAAGAAAAUGUCAGCACUGGCAACAGAGGCAUCUGCAAGGGCAAGUGAAACCACUCUUUGUCAAAAGUGUUCAUUGUCCUUAGUGCCUAAAACCCCAAAGCCAGAGGAAUCUGCUUCUGUGACCAUCGAGAGCCCAUUGGACGUGCAACACAUUGAAAACCCAUCUGUGAUUCUCCAGAUGGAUAACUUCUCUGAAGACGUGACCAAUCCCAGGGAGCCUGUUCCAUCACUGCCCAAAAGUCACAUUGUAUUGGUGACUCCAUACACUGAACCAACAGUUGGUGAUGAAUCUAAAUAAUCAGAUUCUAAACACACCAGGACAUGAGCUGUAUACAUUUGAAAGUUAUAGAAACCUUUGAAAGGGACAGUGGGUCUGUUUAUGUUGCAGGAAUAUUUGUUUGUUUGUUUAUUGCUGUAGGGGUUGUUUUUAUACUUUGGGGAUAACUUUUGUGCUGUUAACAAUAAUGGCUGUUUUCAUGGUAUAGGCUACUAUUAUCUUUGAUAGUUUUAUGUUUCUCACCUUUUAUUAAAAAUAUCCAGCUAUUUUAAUCACA